AUGAUACGAGAAGCAGUGAGAACUCAACAGAUCAACUCCUAACAAUCAUGACCGGAUACAGCGUCUGAGGCAAGAAUUUCAGCAAGCAAAGCAAGAUGAGGAUGUAGAAGACCGGAGACGUACCUAUAGUUUUGAACAACCAUGGCCAAGCUCCAAGACAUAUUCACAGAGUGGCAGACACUCUGUGUCUGUAGAAGUUCAGAUGCAGCGGCAGAGACAGGAAGAGAGGGAGAGUUUUCAGCAAGCUCAGCGCCAGUACAGUUCAUUACCCAGGCAAAGCAGAAAAAAUGCCAGUUCUGUAUCACAAGAUUCCUGGGAGCAGAGCUAUUCUCCUGGUGAAGGGUUCCAGACUGCAAAAGAAAACCCCAGGUAUUCCAGCUAUCAGGGAUCAAGAAACGGCUACAUGGGAGGACAUGGCUUCAAUGCAAGGGUAAUGCUGGAAACACAGGAACUGCUCCGUCAAGAACAGAGGCGGAAAGAACAACAACUGAAAAAAAAGACAUCUUCUGAAGGGUCUAACAAUUAUGACUCAUAUAAAAAAAUUCAGGACCUUAAUUAUACUUCUCCAAAAGGCCCUUUUCGGCAAGAUGUACCACCUUCACCUUCUCAGGUAGCUAGGCUGAACAGAUUACAAACGCCGGAAAAGGGAAGACCAUUUUAUUCUUGAACUGAAGCAAAAGAAGAUCAAUGUAUCACGCAAUAAGGAACAAUUUCAUAUAAAGACUCGUAUUUUGAAAACUUUUUAAACUGAUGGUACUAAGGGGUAUAUGUGUUGUCUGUUUCAGUGCCUUUAACAAUAUAGGCAAAGAGUUGGUGGGCCUUAUGUCUUUGCCAUUCUGUCUCAAGUGUUAUAUUCAUGGAAGGAUUUUCCACCAUUUGACAAUCAUACCUUAGGUAAGCAACAUGUCUCCCUUGGUUAUCGAGCAUCCUAGCCCAGUCCAAUGGCUGUCAAUGGCUUAUAAGAAUUUGUUAUAAUGCAUUCUGUUUUUCAGUGAGUUAUUACACCAACAUACAACACUGUGGCAUAAAAUUAAUGAAUUUGAAGUUGAAGAAAGCAUUGACAUAUAUUUUUUUUUUUUAUUUCUCUUGGGGUAAGGGGAGGGUUACAUAUCACUUUGGAGUGGAUAGGGCUCAAGUCCACUCAGGAUAUCACUUUAAGAUGUUUUAUGGUGGAGUCAUUUACAGUCUUUGUUGAUCAAUAUUUAACUGUCUAUAUGCUGAAAUUUUUUUUCCUACUAUGCACAUGUGCAUUCCCUCUCCCCCCACCCCCCUGCACUUA